GUGGAAAAUGUGAAGCUGCUGGAUCGCUACGCCGGCAGGAAGGCAGCGAGCGGGACCCUGUACCUGACAGCCACACACCUCAUCUACGUGGAUGCCUCUGCUGAAGUCAGGAAGGAAACAUGGAUCCUGCACCACCACAUCUCCAGCGUGGAGAAGCUGCCCCUGACCACGGCUGGGUACCCCCUGCUCAUCCACUGCAAGAACUUCCACGUGGCUCACUUUGUGAUUGGCCAGGAGAGGGACUGCCAUGAUGUGUUCACCUCCCUGCUCAAGCUCUCCCAGCCAGCUCCAGCUUUUUAUUCCAGCAUGGCUGAAUCUUCAUGCUUUUCCUGCAGGACAGCAUUCCACUGAGCUCCUACCUGGCUUCUGCCUCUGGCAGCCCCUGCUUUUGGGAUGCUGGAACCCAUUUUGGAGUUGUGUUAUUACAGUGAAACCCGAAGAACUUUAUGCUUUCUCUUACAAUCCUAAAAUGUCCAAAGAGAGCCGGGAGAUGGGGUGGAAACUGAUUGAUUUGAAGCUGGACUACCAGCGCAUGGGAAUCCCCAACGACUGGUGGGAAAUAACGGAUAUUAACAAGGACUAUGAGGUUUGCAGCACAUACCCUCCUGAGAUCGUGGUGCCUCGAGCUGCCACCAGGGCCGUGGUGAUGGGAAGUUCAAGGUUCAGGAGCCGAGGGCGGAUUCCAGUGCUUUCCUACUUGUACAAGGAAAACAAUGCUGCCCUGUGCCGCUGCAGCCAGCCCCUGGCCGGGUUCAGCGCGCGCUGCCUGGAGGACGAGCAGAUGCUCCAGGCCAUCCGAGAGGCCAACCCCGGCUGCCCCUUCAUGUAUGUUGUAGACACGAGGCCAAAGUUGAAUGCCAUGGCCAACAGAGCUGCUGGGAAGGGCUAUGAGAAUGAAGAUAAUUAUGAAAACAUUCGUUUUAAAUUCAUUGGCAUAGAGAACAUCCAUGUGAUGAGGAGCAGCCUGCAGAAACUGCUGGAAGUGUGUGAGAUGAAGUCUCCCUCCAUGAGCGAUUUCCUGACGGGGCUGGAGAACUCGGGCUGGUUACGGCACAUCAAGGCUGUCAUGGAUGCAGGUGUCUUCCUGGCCAAGGCUGUGAAGGAGGAGAGGGCCAGCGUGCUGGUGCACUGCUCCGACGGCUGGGACCGCACGGCCCAGGUCUGCUCCCUGGCCAGCCUCCUGCUGGACCCCUUCUACAGGACCUUCAAAGGCUUCAUGGUCCUGAUAGAAAAGGAGUGGAUUGCAAUGGGCCACAAGUUCUCACACAGGUGUGGCCACCUGGAUGGGGACCCCAAGGAGGUGUCCCCUGUGUUCACACAGUUUGUGGAGUGUGUGUGGCAGCUGAUGCAGCAGUUCCCCUGCUCCUUCGAGUUCAGCGAGCGCUUCCUGCUGGAGAUCCAUGACCACGUCUAUUCCUGCCAGUUUGGCAACUUCCUGGGCACCUGCCACAGGGAGAGGGAGGAGCUCAGAAUCUUUGAGAAGACCCAUUCCCUGUGGCCUUUCCUCUUACAGAGGAAGCAGGAGUUGAGAAAUCCUUUGUACAGAGGAUUCACAGCUUACAAAGAGCUUCAACCAAACACUCUACCUUUCAGUUUCCAGUUCUGGUGUGGGAUGUACAACCGCUUUGACAAGGGCAUGCACCCCAAGCAGUGUGUGCUGGACCAGCUGCUGAGCUGCCUGAGCCAGAGGCUGACCCUGGAGGAGAACACAGCCGAGCUGGAGAACAAACUCCCUGUCCUCGACAGCCCCUUGCCCAGCAAAGGCUGCACCUCACCCAAGGCAGGAGCUGCUGCUGCCAGAGCCCCAACUCCUCCUCAGGACUGUGCAGAGGGAGCAGCCCCAGUGCUGAGCAAUGGCCCCUCCCUGGGCCACCAGAAGCACAAGGAGAGCCCAGGCCAGCCCCGGGAUCUCGGAGCCUCCGGGGAGGAUGGGCAGGCCCAGCAGCAGGGAUGAGCUCUGGCAGCUGCUGGGAGAAGCUCUGGGGAGCUGCUGCAGCCCCCCUUUGCAGCUGAGUGUGAGUAGGGGUGUGCAGGGCUGGGGGAGCAGCUGCUGGGGGCACCUCCUGCAGCUCAGGUGGUGCAGAGCUGCCAGGAGCCUGCCUGGCAUUCCUGGGAACUUGGCUUUCAGUGGCAACACGUGCAUUUCUGAGGGUUAGGGCUGCCUGCCAGCUCUGCUGUUUGAUGCUGGAAGAAACCUUGCCAGUUCCAUGAGGAGCUGGGCAGUAACUGCAGGAGGAAGGAUGCAAAUCCCUCUGUUCUCAGUGGUGGUCCAAGGUCAUCUUAAAACAAGAAAAAAUUUCAGUCCGUCUUCAAAUGCUAAAAACUCCCCCAACCUUUCUUAGCUGUGAAUGAAUCUCUGCAUGGACCCUUGCCUUGUAGCAGAACUGAUUCAUGUUUUGUUUCCUAUGCAUAUUUGUUACACAAAACCAAACCCCCUGUGCCUUCUCUGGGACUGUGUCUGUGUCCAGCCAGGCCGCUGCAGGUUUGUGCUGGAGUUUGCAGGGUGCUCUUGGUCCUGUCUGUAGUCAGUGUUUGUGAGAGGUUUUCCUCUGCUGCAGCUUCUCCAGGGUUUUUGCUGUUCCCCUGAGUUCAGCUUUUUCCAAGCUGACCUCUUGAAGAGUCAGCUUUUAUGGACCUCCUUUAUGGAUGGGAGUGCAGAGCCAGCCCAUAACACAUGGAUUUGUGAUAAGAGGGAGGAUUGGAAAUGAAGAAAGACAGCAGAACAUUUAUGUGGAAUUUUUCUCUCUUAUUUUAUGAUCUUGGUUAAACUGAAGCAAAAGAGUAACUGUUCCAAGCUGGAAUCAUUGAUGAGACUGCAGUUGCAGAUGGGGCUGUGUUCUGGUACUGAAAUGGGGCCUGAAAUGAUAAAAUCACUUGCUGAGUGAUUCUAGGGAAUGUUCAGAUUCCAGGAACUUUAGGGAUGUUUUGUCUGUCUCGUGAACAGUAUCUGUCAUGGCAAUGAACUUGGGAAGAAACAGAAGAAACAAGGACUUCUCUCCCAGGGAUUGGGUGUCACAAAUGAGUGCUUGAAGGUCACCCAAAAAUCGUUGGGAGGGGCAUCAGCAAAAGCAGGUUUGAUAGAAAAAAGUGUGACCAAAUUAAUUUGCAAGGUUCAUUGUUACUUAUUAAAUGGUUAAAGCACACAGAUUAAAAGUAAAAUAGAAAAUCAAGCAAUCUCAAAGUAAAAUCAAGCAGUGUGGAGGCUGGGGAUGGAAAAGGGUCAGGAUGAAAGGGAGUGAGGGACAUUCUCCUGUUGAGUCACAGGGUUCAGAGUGGAGCAGCCUCCCCGACUGAGCCCUGGAAUUAUCAACAGUUCAGGCCUAAAGGUUUCCUGGAAUCAGAGAAUCAGUAGCAGCACUUGAACUCAACAGCAGAGAAUCAGCAGGUAAGGAAUUGAACAAGGGGUUUGUGUAGAAUUCCCUGUAAGCACAACAGGAGCUCCCUUAGAGGCUGAACUCACAAAUCCAAAGUACUCCAUAAUCCAGGAGAGCAGCAUUCCCAAGGACCAGGUCCAGGUGUAUCCCUGGGAAAAAUUCCCCCCAAGUUUUCCCUGUUUAUAGAGAGUCACUUUUAUCAGAGUCACUUUCCAGCCUGGCUGCAAUUUGGGUCAAUAUCUUCCUUUGAAAGCUCAAUAACAAAAAUGUUCCACUUGGCUUGUUCUUCUGGCAAGAAAAAUCAGAUUGCAGGCUGAACCCAGGAGUUUGUACUCCAGCCCUGGGAGCAGCCAGUGUUCCUGAUAAGCUCAAGGUGCUGCUUAUCAAGGUCAAGGCCUGAGGACAUUUCUGAGAUCGUGGUGAGGCCUUGGGGGCUUGGGGGAUUCCCCUCCCCAGGCAAGCUGUGCCACUGUCCUUGUUCUGUGCUGAAUUGCACAGAAUCCCCCUGUGCAGCUUUGUUCAGGAUGCUGCUCUGCUCUCUUCUCAAGCUGUUGUUUCAAUUAGAUGCUGCCAUUAAGUUUUCAAAUCAGAUUUUCUCUUUUAUAAAAAGUUUGGAAGCCAACUGAAAAUAUUUGAGCUUUCCCAAUCUGCAGAGACAGCAGAAACAUUCCACUGCAACACCAGAAAGUGCAAUAACUCUGCUCAUGUGCUUUUAACCCGUGGUGAAAUCACUGGUCCAGUGUCCAAAACUCAACCCAAACCUCCCUGAGUGGCUGCUCUGGGUAAGAAAAUACCUAUUUUAUAAAGCACAUGAAAGAUCCAGAGAAGAAGAGAGCACAGAGUUUCUGCAUUGCCUGGAAUAGCAAAGAGGAAGUUUUUUAGUAUUGAGGGUUUGUCAGACUUAAAUGAAGUUUUUGUCAAGGAAGGAGUGGGAGCUAUAAGAGUGAUUGAUUAAAAAUGAAACACUGGAAAUACUGACCCAGGUGUGACUGAUGGAUCAGCCCUGUCUUUUCUUUCCAGGGGAUAAUGGGCAACAUCCAUCCCCAAAUCAGAGAAAAUAGGACAUGAAGCCAAGACAGGCACUUUUUAGGACCAGUUGUUCUAUGGAUCAUCAGUUCUUUGGCUAUCUUUAAUAAAUUCUCUAAUUUUCAUUAGAGAUCCAAAACUGGAGAGGGUUUUGAUUGACUACUGAAGGGCCUAAAGGUGCCAUUGGUUAAUUAUUGUACAAAUCCAGCUUGCAGAAGGCUCCUGGAAAUAUUUGUAUGAUGCUUUGCCUUUGGAAUUGCCAUUGGAGGAGUUGAAUAACCUUUCCUUGUUCCUAAAAAGGUUGUCUCCACAAAGUGUACAACCACCACUAGUGUUGUAAGCUUGGAGUAAUCUUGCUGCUUUUAACUCCAAUGGCAAAACAGAGCCAAACCCAAAAAUUAAUGUUUUUUAAACCUCUUGCAUUUCAUGUGUGCAGGCUCAGGCAAAGGCUGCAGUGUAUUGAGAGCCUUUCAUGCUGAUGCUGGAACUUAGGAGCUGGAAAAGAUUCCAGGGUUUCCUCUUUUUCCAUAAGCCCAUGGUUUGAAAACCAAUCAAGGAGAAACUUUUUGGUUUUGGUGGCAGCUCUGGGCUGUUUGCAGAGCAGAAGUGAGGAGCUGCUCAGAGCCCUGCAGUGUCCUGAGCUCAGCUGGGAUCUGCUGCCCAGGAAAACUGAGUUCCCUGCCCCAUGAACAUCCUGUGCUGCCCAGGAAAGCUGUGUUCCCUGCCCCUGGAGCAUCCUCUGCUCUGUUCCCUGGAGCAUCCUGGAGCAUCCUCUGCUCUGUUCCCUGCCCCUGGAGCAUCCUCUGCUCCCUGGAAGUGUGGGAGGAAUGGAGGAGCUGUUACUGCUAUUGGGAAUCUGCUGCUGCUGCUGGGGAAAGUUCCUACAACUGAUUGAUUCCUAGGGGAGCAGCCAUGCUUUGUGAGGUCAGAAAUCCUGCUUUUAUUUGGAGCAGUGCAGUUCUUUCCAUUUCAAUUCCUGUCACUGAGAGCUGGGAGGGAAGAGGGGUCUGAUUUGCUGCAGAUGGGCUGUGCUUGGGUAAAACUCUCCCUUUUCUGGAGCUGCUCCUGCCUCUCCAGGACAUUCCAUGGUUUCUCCAGGACAUUCCAUGGCUUCCUGCCUUUUCCCAGUGUCUCCUGUGCUACAACCAGGUGUAACCUUGUAGUGGCCUGUCAUACUCUGUGUUAAAAUUCCUACUCUGAAGCACAAGAGGGACUCGUGGAGCUUCAUUUGAAAUGUCUUAAAUGUGAACUUUGUUCUGUGGAUUCUUAAAUUGGGAUUUUCUUUUGCUGUUGUCACCUGUGGGAGAGAAAAUCCAAUUGAUGCUGUUUGCUCUGCAGGGAAAAAGUGGGAAUCAUUGGGUUGUCCAUAGUUUUAGUUCUCCAUGGCCUCUUCAGGGGUGAGGAAAAGCAGUUUGUAAAAGCUUUUAGGUCUCAGUCUGUUCUUGUGCUUAGUGAUUGCCUUUCCAAGUUAAUUCCUUGGAGUAACAAUCCACCUGCUCUGAUCCAGAGCCAUCGUGGCUGGGAUGGAGAAGGAGGUGGGCUUGGAGGGGGCUGGGAAGCUUCAGGAAGCUUCCCCAGUGCUGCAGAGUGGGAUUUGGCAGGAGCUGAGGGUGCCCAGAGCAGCACAGGAUCUCCAGGUGGGAAUGUUGGUGUGGAGCAGCCCUGGGGUGUUGUCUCCAUCGUUUCUGGGAGCAGAGAGCCCCCAGAGGUGCUCCCACCACUGAGGCAGCCCCAGGAAAAGCCUUGGAAAGGGAAGAGCUCCUGCUCCAGGCUCCUUCAGCUCCUUGCUGAGCUGGUCUUGGGCAGCCCCAGAUCCCAGAGGAAUUUGCUGCAGGAUGCAGUGCUGGGUACCCAGGAGGGACCAGGAGCAUUCCAGAGGGGUUUUCCUCUCCUCCCUCUCCUCUGCUCUGUGCUGAGGGCUGGGGGUGUUUUUAGAGGGAGCUCUCCCAGCUAUUCCUGGUUUCCAUCCUUCCCUCAUGCACAUCCAGGCAUUCCCUGGGGGAAAACCUGCUCUGCAUGUCCUAUUUGUGUUUAAUUAUCACCCAGCACUUGAUUAAUUAGCUGAGGAAGCUGGGGAUGGCAAAGCCUGUGCUUGGGACCAGGCAGCCAGCUGGGCCAUUCGUUAGGGCAGGUUUGCUAAUGACAUUAAUUAACGUGACCCCCUGGGAGCUGCAGGAGCAGGGCAGGACCAAGGGGUUGUUUUUAAAUCAUUUCUAUAUUCCCAUCUAUUGAAUGUAGCAGAAACUACUGGAGUAACUCAGCACUGGAUCCCACCCUCUGGCUGGAUUUUCCUUGGCAUCCCCAACCUGAUCCUUGUAGGAAUGUCCCCAAAACCCUGUGUAGUGCUGGCUGGGAAUGUCCCUGUUGCUGUUUGUGUCUGUGUCACUGCUGAGGGACAUCUGGGGGGAUGAGCCCCAGAUUGUGCCCCAGGGCUCUGUGGGGCUCUGCAGUUCUGCACUGCUUGAAGCUGAUCUUGUCUAGAGGAGAAUUGUGUCUUUUCUCUCUGUUUGUCCCAUGGAGUCUCUCUUGGAUUGCAGGUAUUUUUAUUCCCUACAAAAAUAAACACUUGGUCUUUUUAAAGGAAGUGGCUGCU